AUGGCUCUUGUCUGCAAGCUUCAAUCUCUGUCUUCCUCUUUAUCUUCGACCCAUUUCAGAAAACCCAACUCCUUAAACCCACAACCCAUUUGUUCUUUACACUUCAACUCCUCUUCUAAUUCUUCACCUUUUACAGAGAAGACUUCUAUUGAGAGAUACCAGAGAGACCAAUGGCUGUACAAGAACCAAUUGGAUCAAGCCACUCUAUGCUCUGUCCCACCAGAUUUGGAUUCUAUAAGGCAAAAUGACAUUGCUUUGCAGCUACCGGAGCUGAGAAAGCUGCUUCAGGUGCUGAGAGAGAAGAGAGAGAGCGAAGGAGGGUAUGGCAGCGGCAAGUGUGGGCCUGGAAAUGUGUUCUUGGUCGGGACAGGGCCUGGGGACCCUGAGCUCCUGACAUUGAAGGCUUAUAGAGUUAUUCAGAAUGCUGAUCUAUUGUUGUAUGAUAGGUUGGUGUCCAAUGAUGUGUUGGAAUUGGUUGGCUCUGGUGCUAGACUUCUCUAUGUGGGCAAGACUGCUGGGUACCAUAGCAGAACCCAGGAGGAGAUACAUGAAUUGCUACUGAGUUUUGCUGAAGCUGGAGCUAAUGUUGUGAGACUAAAAGGAGGGGAUCCACUGGUGUUUGGUAGGGGUGGGGAGGAGAUGGAUUUUCUGCGACAGCAAGGAAUUGAAGUGAAUGUUAUUCCAGGUAUUACUGCUGCUUCAGGGAUAGCAGCAAAGUUAGGGAUUCCAUUAACUCAUCGUGGUGUCGCAAAUAGUGUCAGAUUUCUUACUGGGCACUCCAGGAAGGGAGGAACAGACCCUCUAUUUGUUGCAGAGAAUGCAGCUGACCCUGAUUCAACCUUGGUGGUUUAUAUGGGUUUGUCGACCCUCCCCUCUCUUGCUCAAAAGUUGAUGCAUCAUGGUUUGCCACCAAAUACACCAGCUGUUGCAGUUGAGCGAGGGACCACACCUCAACAGCGCACGGUUUUUGCAGAACUGAAGGAUCUUGCUGAUGAAAUUAUAUCAGCAGAAUUAGUAUCACCAACGUUGAUCAUCAUUGGAAAAGUAGUUGCACUUUCACCAUCGUGGCCAUAUUCUUCAAAGGAAGUGUCCUGUCUUGUAGAAGCGAUAUAG